CGAGAGUUUUUCAUAUUAUAAAAAAAUAUAUAAUUAAAUUAAGUACUUUUAUUUCACAAACCUUCUCAAAAAAAGGAGAGGAGGCCUUAAGCCCAGCAGAGGGACAUUCACAGGCUGUUACGGUUACGGUUUUACUUUUAUUUCUAGAAAAAUAGUAAUUUACCAUGUCUCCAACAAGAGCAGCUGGCCUAGUGAUUUAUAAAAAAAGUAAUCAAAUAAUAAAUUUUCUUUUACUUCAAACUUCGUAUGGAGAACAUCACUGGACUCCACCAAAGGGCCAUGUUGACCCUGGAGAAUCUGACUGGAUUACUGCAUUACGAGAGACCAAAGAAGAGGCUGGCCUAUCAGAAAAUGACUUGGAGAUAUAUAAAGAUAUUUCUAAAACCCUCAAUUAUCAAGUUAAGGGUAAACCAAAAGCUGUUGUGUAUUGGUUAGCCAAAAUAAAGGACCCUGAUCAGAAUGUAACUCUGUCUCAUGAGCACCAGGAUUUCAAGUGGCUUCCUUUAGAACAAGCUCAGGAAAUAUCAGGGUUUGAAGAUAUGAAGAAGCUGCUUGCUGAGUUUCAUGAAAAGGCUCUCCAAAUUGUGUAAUAUUUGUUUAAUUUUUAAGUGCAAUAUAAUACUAUGUCAUCAAUAUUAAUAUACACCUUAAAAUAAAUAUACUUAUUUCAA